AUGGAGUCCAGUUUGUCUCAAUUUUAUGCAUUACAGCUGCAAGAAGCAACCAGUACCAUCAACCGCUUGCAAGAUGAAGCCAAUUGCCUCCAAGAGGGAAUAAACAUCCAAGUUCUUUGCUUGCAGGAGGAGUUACAACAAGCCUGCAAGGAAAUGGCCAAGAAGACCUCCGAGAACCAAACUUUGAAGCACAGCUUUGAGAUGUUACAACUCCGAAUGGAGUUGAGCCACCAAGUUCCUGCAACCCUUCAAGCCUCCGGUCCUAGUCCUUACUUGAGGAACCUGUUUGCCAAUCCAAUUCCGUUCCGCUCAGCCGCAUCUACUUCCAAUCUGUUCCACUCGGCUUCUCCUAAUUCCACUCCAUUCCCCUCUUCUUCCACCCGGGAAGGCCAGAAUGGUGCCCCUCCUCCAAACAUCCAAUGA